UCCUACCCCCCCUUAAUACUGAAUUCAUGGACCUCUCUAGCUGCUCCUUGCAAUCUAUACCACCACUUCACACCCUGUGGAGGCUACAGACAUUACUUCUAGCACAUAACAACAUAUGGAAGGUGGAAACUGGAACUUGGGUGGGGCUGCAAAGCAUACAAAGCCUGAACCUUAAUGGGAACAGAAUACGAGAGCUGAAUACCAGUUUCUCCUGGGGGUUAGACUCCCUCACUCACCUUUUUAUUUCUCAUAACCAACUGCACACUCUGCAAGGACUCAGCUUCCAGCACCUUCGGAGUCUGGAAAUCUUGGAUUUACAAGGAAACUUAAUUUCAUCCAUUCAGUCUGGUUCCUUGCGACCCCUCACCCAACUACGCCAUCUUCAACUUCAGAACAACUUACUUCAGAGUUUGCAAAAUAAUGACUUCUCUGUGCUGCAAAAUCUAGAAUUUCUAGACUUGUCUGGAAACCUGAUCCAAGACCUACCACCAUGGGUAUUUACACCUCUCCACUCGCUCAUUUUCCUUAAUCUACAAAACAACCGGUUGCGCCACCUCCGCUUUCAGACAUUACGCAGUAUCCCAGCUCAAGGAACAAUAAUAUUUCUCUCACAGAAUCCAUGGGAAUGUGACUGCGAUUUACAGCGUGUGUUUGGGAAGUUGGGUGGAGUACAAAGGCUUAAUCUGCAUGAUAGAGAGGAGUUACAUUGUGCAGAACCUCUAGCACUUCGGGGGAGGCACCUGAUGUCAUUGGACACUCGGCUCUGUGUAGCUGAAACAGUAACUGUUCUGGUUAUCACUUUGACUGUAGUUGUCACAGUUGUUGGAGCAAUAGUCACGGCAGAGAGGACCCGGAAAAAGAGACCGAUUAGCCGUCAGAGUGAAAUGUUUAUCCAGGACUGA